UCCUUCUCUCUCUCUUUUCUUCUUUUUGUAUAAAUCACACAUUUCUUCCUCUUCAUCUUCCUUUCCUUCUCACCUCUAACCCUUAACCUACUUUUCUAUUUUAUAUUUCCGGCUAUGCUUCUGUGUUUUUGUGAAUAGUAUUAUUGAGUUUCAGAGUCUUCGGCCUCUGGCAGGAGCUGUACAGUGAAGCUAAUUAAAGGUCUCGUUGAUUGCCGAAAUCAGGGAAGAAUAUGAACCAUUGCGUGAUCCAGCAGCAAAAAGUCGUCGCAUCCCGUGAAGAAAUGAGCAGCAGACACCCUGUGGUUUGUCCCAAACCGCGCCGCCUCGGCCUCCUAAACGUCGCGGUGAACGACCACCCUGCUAGGCUGUUCCGGUGGCAUCUCAGUUGCCAGGCAGAUAUAGCUGAUUCAAAAUCUGUGAGUGAUCCUUUGGACCUCAUCCUAACCAAGGGUGGUGGUAUGGAACAAUCGUGUACACAGGUAGCUUCGUCGCCCCCCUUUUUUUGCGGGUCACCACCAAGCAGAGUAGCUAACCCAUUAAUUCAAGAUGCUCGAUUUGGGGAUGAGAAGAUUUCCCCGCUCUCACCAUCAUCCAGGGUUCCUACCCCAUCUGGGCUCUCAUCGCCUCCUUCAUCUUCCACAAGGAAAGGAGGCCGUGUUCGCUCCAACUUCGGAAACAAUCCUGCUGUGAGAAUCGAGGGAUUCGAUUGCCUUGACAGGGACAGGCGCAAUUGCAGCAUCCCUGCUCUGGCCUAGAAUAGAAUCCACAUCUUGAGAGAGAGAUCAAAUUAGAACAAGAAGAAAAGCUUUUAGUAGUAGUCACCACCAGUAACCACACAGAAUCUUUGUUAACCGGGAGAAGAAUUUUGGAAGAGCAGAAGAGCGAAAGGAAAAUAUCUUUUGCCUAUUGUAAAUAUAUGUUCAGAAAGAAGUGUUUGUAAAUGUCAUGAUGUUGUGUCCUGUAGGUAUUAUCCUUUGUAAGGCCAGAUAGUCUGGUCAAGGAAGAAGUUCGAGAGGGGAUUAGCCCUCUCUGAGUCUAGUGAGAUCUUAGUAAUGGGUAUCAUCCUCUUCAUUGUAAUUACGCGUCUUUGAGGGUGAAAACUAAUAAAUUUUUCAUUUUGAUAUCUUUUCUUCGUGUCAUUUGAAAUGUAGGUAGCGGCUCAGGAAAUCUGUACAAAGGUGGUUUAUUUGGGUCGCCCAAGUUACUUGGUCUGUCUUUUGCAAUGUGAACAUUAAAAAGUUAUGUAAAGAAGAGGUAUUAUUCUGUUGGCUUUGUCGCUGUGUUUAA